GCGCAUGCGCCCCACGUCAUUUGGCGACGUGUACCCGGUGUGUGGAAGUAGACGGGGCAUCUUUAGUCUUGCAGGGUAACAGUCAGCUGGAAAGCCUUUAGCAGUUGUCGAGCAGCACAAACAUGGGGGGUUCUCAAAGCGUGGAGAUACCGGGAGGAGGUUCAGAGGGUUACCACGUCCUCCGGGUUCAGGAGAAUUCGCCGGGUCACCGGGCAGGACUGGAGCCUUUUUUUGAUUUUAUCGUCUCCAUCAAUAACACCAGACUGAACAAGGACAAUGACACUCUGAAGGACUUGCUCAAAGCCAGUGUGGAGAAACCGGUCAAGAUGCUGGUUUACUCCGCCAAGACCUUGGAGCUGCGUGAAUGCACAGUGACCCCCAGCAACAUGUGGGGGGGGCAGGGCUUGCUUGGAGUAUCGAUUCGCUUUUGCAGCUUUGAAGGAGCCAAUGAAAAUGUUUGGCAUGUGCUGGAAGUGGAAAAUAACUCCCCAGCAGCCCUUGCAGGCCUGCGGCCACACACAGACUACAUCAUUGGAGCUGACACGGUCAUGAACGAGUCGGAGGACCUCUUCUCUCUGAUAGAAACCCACGAGGGAAAAGGCUUGAAGCUCUACGUCUACAACACAGACACUGACAACUGCAGGGAAGUGGUCAUUACACCCAACAGUGCCUGGGGAGGAGAGGGAAGUCUUGGAUGUGGGAUUGGAUACGGCUACCUCCACAGGAUUCCCACCAGACCUUUUGAGGAAGGGAAGAAGAUCAGCUUCCCUGGAAGUCCUCAGAGUGAGCCCAUCAGUCCAUUGAAGGAUGGAUUCACUGAGGUGCAACUUACAGCCGUGACCACUCCCUCCUCUGCACCUGCGAUUCCGUCUGGGCUGGAAAACUCACUCUCUGGUCUGUCAAUAAGCUCAGCCCUGCCCCCUAUGCCCAGUGAGCUGCAGACAGGGUUGCCCACGGUCCCUCUCCUCCCAUCCACCUUCAGCGCCGUCGCUCCACUGAAUCCUGCCGCCACCACCUUCAGUCCAUCCACAACGCUAGCGGGUUUGAUGCCCCUCCCAGGUGGAUUACCUCCACUCCCUAACAUUCCCAACCUGAACCUGCCACUCCCAGACCUCAGCGCAGUGUCACUAGCAGGCGGUACGUUACCAGGUGGAGGGACGACAGCUCCAUCUCUGGCUCCUCUUCCACCUCUGAACCUUCCAGGUCUGCCCCCACUUGGCUCUCUGCCCAACAUGCUGCCCUCCCAUAUGCCUCCUCUGCUCUCUCAGGGCGCGACUCACUUUUCCCCCAACCCUGCUUCCAUGGCCCCCCCAGCGCCGGUCACAGUCACGUUCGCCUCUGCAGUGAACCGAGCCGUCACCACGGACCUUACAGAAGCCAGCGGCGCAGAACCGCCAGCCCCUGUGGAAGCAUUAGUGUCGUCCUAACGUGGUGAGGGGCGAACUCUCACAGUAGACUGUUCUACACCCGGCUUUCUUUUUUGUUUUUUUGGUUCCUCCACCUUCCUUUGCUGUUUUUUUUAUUUUAUUUAUUUAGCCAGAAAGAGAAGACAGUUCAGACAGUUUGAAGCAUCCAUGCUCGAAGAAGUUUGUGGAUGAUAUGAAGAGGAUGAUUGCGAUGUCUGACAGGCAUUCAGAUGCUGCAGGAAUGACCUAGUCCUCAGUUUGUAGUUUGCUUAGCACCUCUGGCGCCACAAUUCCCCAUUUCUGAUCGAACUUUAUUGAACUUUGUUUAUAGGGCAGGAAAAUAAAAUCCUUUUACUGAAUUGUCUACGUCAGAGUGGAUCAGCAAAGCAAGGAGACGUUUGUACUGCUGUAAUUAAAGUAUAUAUGUAAACAAAAAUACUGGGUUUUUUUUGAAUUGCCAAUCUCAAAGGUGUAUUUUUUUUUUCACUUGUAACCAGUGAACUGAUUAAACAUGUUCAGUUCAAGCAUCAGUUUAUCUCCACCCAGUGAAAGCAUUGCAUUAUUUUGCACCACUUUUUUUUCUUUCUUUUGUUAUCAGUCCUCCACCCCCCCCCCCCAUCUGUUCAGAGCUGUAACCCACAUUAAAACCAACUGAAGGCCGAGUUGUUACACCAAUGCAGACCUGCUGUACAUGGGUGAAUGUGUGUGGGGGGGCACUCUUGCGUAGCUGAAACAAAGCGGGCGGAGGAGUUUCAGUUUGGCCGUGAAGUGUUUGUGUACAAACCUCCGGAAAAAAAAUCUCUCCAGAAUGCAAAGUGCGAGCAAUAAAAGCCAAAUGAAUUUUACCUGA